AAGGGAUGUUCAUUAGUUCAUUUCGUGAGGAUGGUGAAAGAUCGAAACGGCGGAAAGAACCGCUGAGCGGGGCGCCUCGACGAUUGCCGGCGUAUUAACGGACAGUUUGACAUUCGGCCGGAAGUCGUGCACAUAUGUUUCCGACGUCGCCGCUGCGAAGGCGCGGUUGCGCAGUCGAUUUACGGGCCGAAUAUGUCGACCGGCCGUGGAGCGGCGAAGUGAUGUACGAUACGUCGACGGCUGUUAUCAUGAUCGCCAUCGUGGCGAUUUUCUUCAGUUGAGCACACUACCAGGUCGAUUUGCGACGAAACCGCGUAGUUCUCUCCCCGCGGCGAGAAGGAGGAGGAGGAGCAGGAGGAAGAAGAGGAGGAAGAAGAAGAAGAAAAGUAUCCUCGCGUACGAGAUAGAGAAAGAGAGAGAACACCGUGCCAGAUCGCCGUGUGCCGUCGUACCGUAUCGUAUCGUAACCGUUUUGGGGAAGAGGGGAGGAGAGUAGUGGCAGUGAGAUCGUGCGGGGAUCGCGGAGUGGAGCGCGAGGGCCUUAUGUCAAGUCGACGACGACGACGAGGACGGAGCACGCAAACAUGAAGAAGCUAUUCUCCAAGAUCGACAACACGUCGAAGGAGCCUAACAGUUAUUUGGGCAAGGUGUUCGUCGUGGGCAGCCACACGGUCACCGUCGAGGAGGUUCUGGCGGAAGGAGGAUUUGCAAUUGUAUUUUUGGUCAAAGCCUCAGGUGGACGAUAUGCGCUUAAACGAAUGUAUGUCAACAAUGAACAUGAUCUCAAUGUAUGCAAAAGGGAGAUACAAAUUGCCAGCAACUUGAAUGGUCAUAAAAAUAUUAUAGGAUAUAUAGAUAGUAGUAUAACUCACACUGGCAAAGGAGUACAUGAACUUCUGCUUUUAAUGCCUUAUUGUAAAUCCCAAGUUCUUCAAAUGAUGAAUAACAGGCUGCAAACAGGUUUUAGUGAAUCAGAAGUUCUACAAAUUUUUUGUGAUGUUUGCGAAGCUGUGUCUCGGUUGCAUCAUUGUCAAACUCCCAUAAUUCAUAGAGAUCUCAAGGUGGAGAAUAUACUGCUUGCUGACAGCGGUCAUUAUGUUCUAUGUGAUUUUGGCUCUGCGACGGGAAAGGUUCUUAAUCCCAGCGUCCAUGGCGCCGCGGUAGUUGAGGAGGAGAUAAAGAAAUAUACCACUUUAAGUUAUAGAGCGCCCGAAAUGGUUGAUAUGUACUGUGGAAAACCUAUCACUACAAAGGCGGAUAUAUGGGCUUUAGGAUGCCUGCUGUAUAAACUUUGUUUCUUUACACUACCGUUUGGUGAAAGCACACUUGCUAUACAAUCUGGGAAUUUUACUAUACCUGAUAAUUCAAGAUAUAGCAAGGCUCUUCAUUGUUUAAUUCGGUAUAUGCUUGAACCAGAUCCUGAUCUACGUCCUGACAUUUAUCAAGUUUCUGUGAUCGCUUUUCAAAUUCAGGGUAAAGAGUGCCCUGUACAGAAUUUGCAUAAAGUUCCUACGCCGACAAUAGAGUCGUUGCCGUGUCCGCUCAUGGAAUCUGAAAAUAUUAAAAGAUCAUCAUCUGUUAAAACACCAAAACCUGCGCCUAUAGCGACGACGGUCGAGGGCACAUCUGUGACACCGAGACAAAGACCGAAGGGACAAGCUGUUAGCACAGGACCGAUUAGUUUGAGCGGUCAAAUCGUAGGACAAAUAUCAGGUCAAGGAAAUCAGGCGCAAAAUACACCGGGAAAUUCUAUCUCUUAUGUUCAAGUAUCGCCGCAUGUUUGCACCCCCAAUCAGAAUGUACCCUUUGUUCAGCCAUCGCAGGGACAGCCAUCACAAAGCCCAAUGAUUAGUCACUCUCCUCUAACUCAACAGUCACCUGUUACCGUUCAAGAUAAGAAUGCAUUUUAUUUUGAUUCGCGGCAACACGAUACAAGAACAAAUGUCAAUGAGAAAAAUCUGGAAGCUUUAUUUCCAUCAUCAGGAUAUCCGGAUCCGUUCAAAGACGACACGACGGCAAUGCCGCCGCCUACCAAAAUUCCACCUCCCGUCGCUCCUAAACCUGGCAAAAUUCUCCCAAAACUAUCUAAUCCUAGUUAUCCAUCGUCGUCUAAAUAUCCGCCAGUUGCUUCACUACCGUCAAAGUUGUCUAUUUCAACGGGGCCUAAUAAAGCAACUCCACCGACGCAAGUGACACCGCCAGCUUUACCGAAACCAGUUAACAAAACGGAAAGCUUGAGUCAAAACAUAAGCUCGAGCACAUCUCCUCCUGACAGUCCGACAUUGUCCUCGCGGCAUAGGAGAAAUGUCAGUGAUACGAGCGCUUUUAAUAAUGGCCAUUUCGAUGUUCACAGAGCGUUUGCGACCGAAACCUCUCAAUUCUUAGCGCCAUACGAGGCUUCGGUUAAGCCGCGUUCCGAUGAUGCGACUACACCUCCCGAACUUCCAAGUGAUACAAGGCCUUGUAUAACAACUAGUGCCUCGCAUGUACGUGUUGGCGAACUUUCAAGUCUAAUGGGAUCGGAAGGGCGAUCAUUGAGUGCGGAUGUGGCCGCGUGGAAUCCGUUUGAAGAUGUACAACCUUUUAAUCAGUUAACAGAAGAUCAUAUUUUUGGUGCUGAGUUUGACAAAAUAAGAAGAGGGAGCAAUACCAGUAUCAGUGGAGUGAAAAGUCGUGAAAGUCUUGUUAUGACAUAUACAGAAUUACCAGAAGAUCCCUUUGAAUCUGCACCGUUUAGCCUGCCAACAGGAAAGAAGAGUAAAAUUGGAUCAAAGACUGCUGCUAUUGCUGGAGGAAAAUCGGCAAGAGUACCGCUAACGCAGUGGAACAAUUCCGGGCUCGAACACGGCGGUGGCGUGGAUGACGAAGCGUCCUUAAUCACGGAAUCCAGUCCGAUCUCGCCACCGUUUGUUCGCGCGCCGACCGAGGAUCGUUCCAAGUACGAGAAAUUGGCAUUCAACGCCGACGAAGUAUCAAGCGACAGCGACGGAAAGACAGAUACCAAGGAACGAGCGAGGAAGACGAGGCGGCGAGUGAAGAAUGUGUUGAACCGCGGCAAGAGAAGAGUGGCGGCUCAUCGCGAUACGAACGCGGACAAUAGUAAUGCGACGAACGUGGAUUACGAGUCGGACGAUUCGAUCGGCUCGGCCAGCGAUCUGCGUGCGAUGAACGACGAGGAAGAAGGAAACGAUGAGGACGGUGAGGAGAAUGAUGACGAUGAUGGCAACAAGCGUGGCAAGCAUGACGAGACCAUUUCCGAGAGUGUGCGUACGUGUGGCAGUUCCGCGUAUCACGCGGAAUGCGAGUCCGUAGCAACGCACGAGGAUGAUUAUAGGAUGAAGAGGCCGAGGAGACAGCAUCAUUAUCGGCAACAACAGGUGCAACAGUUGCCGACCAUCGACGCGGAUCCGAUUGUCGGCCAUCAGUACGGCGAGAAACCGCUGCUCCUGGACGACGAAUUAGAUCCUGAGUCUAAGCCGGAACAAUCGCACGGAGAUCCCUUCGUGCGACAUCAGUAUGGUUCUAAACCGUUGCUAUUCAACAACGGGGAUAGUUCGUCUGACGACAACAAUGAUGACAAGUCCAAGUCGUUGAUUCAAAAUGGAAUUUGGAAGAUAGAGAACGAUGUGUUCGCUUUGGCACCAUUUCCACGGUCCAGCAGUUCCAGGAAGAGUAGUGAUAGUCGCGAGAGCGAGCCCAAAAAUGUCGAUCCGGGCAGCAGCACGAGGAAUUCGCCUCGUAAUUCGAAUUUGGUGACGCCAAUUUCCAAUUCACCCUUACCGACGGAAGUGGUAUUAGCGGAUGUAAUAGAGAACAAAACGACGGCACUUCCGCCGCCGAGGCCCGCUGCUUUGUCCUGCAAGUAUCCAAAAAGCAUUGCGAAUAACAAGACUAUCUAUUACGAGGAACCAUCAUCUUUUCCUCGUCAAUCAAACAUUCAAACAUCGCCAGUCAAGAGCAAUCCUCAUGUCGGCAUCGCUGAAGAGGAAGAAGAAAAGGAAGAAGAGCAGGAAAACGUCGAAAAGGAUCUCUUUGGUUCCUCGCCAUUCAGUCCCAGCGGAUUCACCAAUCCUUUCAACAAUGUUCAGUCCAGCUAUGUCACGAACAUUGACUCAACGUCAACUCAGCCGACGAUAUCGAUGAUUUUGAGUCCGGCAGGCUCUUCCUCUUCCUAUGUCGAUUAUGGUAACCGCAUUCCUCAGCUACAAUCAUCUCACAAUAAUGUAGUAUCAGAUAAUUAUUACACAAGUCAUUCUAAUAGUACGGUUGCUUCAACAUCGAAAUAUGGGAAGGUGACGGUGAAUUCCGGUGAACUUGCAGCGGAACCUUCCAAGGAUCUCUUCGGGUCAAUUCCAUUCGACGAGUUCGCUUCGCUGAAGAUCAAUGAGCAGCAGCAGCGUCCAACGUCUCUAUCACUAUCGCAGUCGCCCAACUACGUGGAUAAUGUCGCGUUAUCCACUACGUCUGCACUACCCGUCAGCAGCGUCAUGCAAUCUCCGAAGAAUACUAUUGUUCACUUGAUGCCAACACCACCGUCGCAGUCACAGCCGCCGCCACCACCCACGCCCACUUAUACGAUUCAACCAACCGCGCACACCGCCAGGAUCACCGUGCACGCGGUCAACAGCGUCUCCAAGGUGGACAUUACGUGUGAUAUGAUAUCGCCCAUGUCGCCCGAACCUCUGGUCGUCGUGGAUGAUGACACGCCCAAACAUAACAAGAGGGAGAGAUCCAAGUCGGACAAAUCCAAGUAUCAUUUGAUCGACGAGAAUCACGGUGACAUCGUCAACGUGUUACAAACGGCACACAAGGUUUCUCACAAGACCAAGUCGACGAGUCAUCACAAGAAAACGCCCAAAGGCAAGAAGAAUAGUACGGCCGCGACUACAGGUUUCAGCAACAUGAGCUUCGAGGAUUUUCCCAGCGAUGAGAAUGAAGAAAGGCAAGCGGGACGAACGAAGGUUGCGCCUUUUGAAGUGAUCCGUGAAGUGUCGGAGAAACGAUUCGGAUCGUUGAAAAGGCGGAGUAAUCCGUUCACCUGAGAUGAGACGGUCCCAGCUAGUUGGCAUAGAGCCGCUUAUCAGAAACGCUGGAACAGGUAAAAGAUUAGCAUACUUGAUCGACAUGAUAUCGUAGAAUGAUUAUCAAUUUUUCUAGUAAACAUCAUUGGCAAUGUUUUUUUUUAUUAACCGGUAUUCAUUACGUGUAUUACAAAUACAAAAAUACAACUAAAAAAAGAUAUUAAUCUCGUAAAAAAAGAUGUAGUAAAAUCUUUGAUUGGAAAAUCAGUCGACAUACAGAUUGUAUUUAUAAUGUAUACAUAUACGGAAAAUGCGUUUACGAUAAUUUGCCUUUUGAAAGCACGAAAAUUUGUUAGCGGAGAGAAAGAGAGAGAGAGAGAGAGAGAGAGAGAGAGAGAGAGAGAGAAAAUGAAUAUACAUAUAAAAUUAUUUUAUAUUAACCAUUUUCGACAUGCUGCGUUUAUGAAAAAAUAUAGAACUAAGAAUUAAAGAAGAUUUACACACAGACAGGACAAGCAACAAUGAGAAAAAAGACAUUGCGUUAUAAAAAGUAAAAUGUUAAUCUUUGAGAAAGAGCACGAAAGGUACUUUCUAAUGUACAUGUAUUUUAACGUGAAACCAGGUUGUGGAACUUGGCAGCUCGAUACCAAAAAUUGACAAAAAUAGGCAAAAAGAGAAAGAGAGAGAGAGAGAGAGAGAGAGAGAGAGAGAGAGAGAGAGAGAGAGAGAGAGAAUUCGUGCAUCUAUUUUUGCAGCUAAGUCUUUUCACUACGUUUGUACUUUAAAAUUUGUAGAUUUCUAUUAGUACGAUCUAUAUAUAUAUAUAUAUAUAUACUAGUUCUUACAAAACAAUUUUUCUAAGAGAGUUAUCUAAACUAUAUAUACAUAUAUAUACCUGUAAACGCAAUUCGUAAAGGACAAAUUUCUCGAUGAAGAAGAGAAGAAAUUUUUACUGCGUAUUUACAGUUUCUUAAAGAAAAAAAAAGAGAACACAGAGUACUCCCUAUGAAAAGUAACAUAAUGCAUAAUUUACUGAAUUCGAUAUUACGAAGGCGCAGAUAAUAGCAUCGAAGUGAUUUGUAAUA